UGUUACACGUAAUGACGGCUCGUCUUCGCGGAAUCGCCAUAUUUUGUGGAUCGAACGGAGUGCUUAGGAGGGCUCGGCAACGCCAUUGUGUGCGCAUUACGUUAAUUUUCCGUUUAUCGUGAAGCAGCGAGCAGCGAGUGUCGAAGCGUUGGUACUAUUCGACUCCGAAUUCGGUUUAUCGCGUGCAGACGAGGGAUCGUUGCAGCGGAUACAAAGGUUGAAUAAAUGUACAAGCAACAUGUAUAGCAAUAACAUUGACCCAUGGGAGCCUGGCUAUGGACCAGAAAGAAGAAGUCACAAUUCCGACUAUGACUAUCGCAGUGAUUACGGAAACAACAGAUCACCGGAGUAUUCCGAACAUCGCGAUGUUGAUCAUCGGGAUAGGGAUCAUCGUAGUCCGGAUUACAGAAAUCACCGUGGAAGAGAUCGAGACCGCGAAAGAGAUCGCUCGAGGGAUAGGAGGGAUCGUAGCAGGGACGAUCGUGACCGUAACUAUAGGGAUCGCGAGGAUCGUUAUGGGAGACAGAGAGAUAGAGACUCUGUAGAGAGGGAUAGGGAUCGGGAUAGAGACCGAGACAGAGAUCGGGACCGUUCCAGACGCGAUAGGGAUCGGGACAGGGAUAGGGAUCGGAGGGGAAAACGGGAGGAUCGGGAUCGCGAUCGCGACGACGAUCAUAGUCGAGAGAGUUUGGACUUUGAGCACGACCAUGGCCGCGCCUAUGGUUCGUCCAUGGAAGGAAUCCACUACAAAUCGCAAUCGCCCAACAACACCAUAAUGAUACGUGGGCUCGCUCAGCAUAUUACUGAAAAUGACGUGCGGCAAGACAUCCUCAACUGUGGUCUCAUGCCUAAGGACAUCAGGCUGAUUCGCAAAAAAGAUACAGGUGCUUCGCGAGGUUUCGCAUUCGUCGAGUUUAACGCGACUCAGGAGGCCGCACGAUGGAUGGAGAUGAAACAGGGAGUGCUGAUGCUGCAGGAUCAAUAUCGCGCACUGAUGCAAUACAGUAUACCGAAAGAGUGCUAUGUGGAUAAGCCACCGGCGAAGAACACACAGGAUUGGCACUGUGUCAAGUGUGGAGCACAUAAUUUCAAACGGCGUGAGACUUGCUUUAAAUGUUCCGCCUCGCGAGCGGAAAGCGAGGAAGGCGGGGAAGGCAGUGACGAGAUUAGCCCGCAUCCUACAAACACCGUGCUUUUACGGGGAUUAGACGUAUUAACGACCGAAGACUCGGUUCUGCAAGCGAUGAAGAAUUUGUCGUCGAUGCCGAUACGUAGUAUUCGUAUUGGUCGCGAUUCUCUUACAAAUACAUCUAGGGGUGUGUGUUAUCUAGAAAUGGGUAACGUCGUAGACGCCAUGUACUUGCAUACCGCGCUCACAAAACAAGGAUUGGUAGUCGACGGUAGAAAAGUGGAGAUAACAUACUGUAAACUUCAUCAAAUUAACAAUACAAAUGCAUGGAAGUCAAACGACACUCAGCCACAGAGGUAUACUUUGGACGACGUCGCUCAAUUGGCUGAAUACAGUGCCAACUUGUAUGCCAAAACGCCUGCACAGAAGGCCCAUUAUCUUCAAUAUUACACGCAAUACUAUCAGAAUCAGAUAAUGCAAGGCUCGGCGAUUACACUGCCGUCUCUGAAUCAGACAGAUCGAGUAAACGCGGCCGCGGCAGUAGCGCAAUCCGCUAUACAACAAUUGCAAGCAUCCAGAAAACUAGGAAAUGAAACCGAUGAUGUGAAGGGACGACCAACGCCUAUAGCACCGUCGAGUACAGCGUUAGCGAGUGGAAGAGUUCCUGCACACUCCAGUGAUGGGAAAAUAUAUUCUGUACCAGACGUUAGCACUUAUCAUUAUGACGAAUCAUCUGGCUACUAUUACGAUCCUAGCACGGGAUUAUAUUAUGAUCCGAAUUCGCAAUAUUAUUAUAACAGUCAUACGCAACAGUUUCUUUAUUGGGACGCUGAAUCAUUUUCUUAUCAACCAGCUAAGACUACUACAAGUACGACACAGGGAUCUACAAGUACGAUAACGGCGACAGCAAGCAGUACAGAUUCCGCGAACACAACCAGCAAUCAAGCUACAACUUCGUCGACCGCUAAUGCGGCUCAAGAGGCGUCAAAAGAGGAUGAAAAUAAGAAAAAAGACAGCAAACAAGACAAAGUAAAAGUAGCAAAGAAAAUAGCAAAAGAUAUGGAACGUUGGGCAAAGACUUUAAAUCAAAAGAAGGAAAAUGCUAAGAGUAAUUGGAGCUCCGAGUUUGCCGGUAUGGACGGUAAUCAGGGUGUCGGAAGUGGCGCAGCGGAUGCGGGAUAUGCUAUUCUAGAAAAGAAAACUAUUGCGAACCCUUACCAUGAGGACGAGGAUCAAAGUGGUAAUGGAUUGGUAGCUGCUUAUGGAGGCGGUAGCGAUACUGAGGAAGAGAUAGAAGACGUGCAACAGGAAGAGAAACAACACACGGAUUGGAGUAAGCUGGCAUGUUUACUCUGCAAACGACAGUUCCCAAGCAAAGAAGCGUUACUUCGUCAUCAACAGUUGUCUGAUCUCCAUAAACAAAACCUAGAAAAUUGGUAUCAAGUGCGCGGUCUAGAUCCCAAUGAUCCUCAGCAAAGAAAUAAUAAAUACAGGGAUCGUGCCAAGGAAAGGAGGGCUAAAUAUGGUGAACCUGAACCACCGCAGCCCAACAAGUUGAAAGAGAAAUAUUUAAAGACUAGGGUGGAAGAGAUGUCGGUAUCUUACGAGGAGCCUACGCGAGCCGGUAUUGGAUCUGAUAACGUCGGCAAUAAAUUACUGCAAAAAAUGGGCUGGAGCGAAGGAAUGGGUUUAGGAAAAUCUAAUCAGGGCAGAACGAGUAUUAUCGAAACCGAGAGGCGCGUCCCUACAGCUGGUUUAGGAGCAAAGACUUCAUCAUACAGCGCAUUACCAGGCGACACCUAUAAGGACUGCGUGAAAAAGAUGAUGUACGCGCGAUACCAAGAACUGUCCGACACAUAAUACGUAGAAUAUGAUUAUAAGAUAGAUUUUAUAUAUACAUACAAGUUCUUGUACUCCAUUUUCCAUAAACACAUAAUUACACGCUCGUAUUGUUAUCAUUCGAAUAAUAGCAAUUUACUGGUAACUGCACAGUGAUAGCCAAUUUUUUGGGGACUGUUGCAUACGCCAUGCAAUACGCAUUUUAUACAUUUUUGUGCAAGUCCCGUUCUCGUAUGCUUCAAUGAUAUUCCACGUAUACAAAUUUCUUUAUUUUCUGUAAUAUAUACACGAAAAUACAAUGUACUGUCAAAAUACACGUACACAUACAAUUUUAUUUGUAUAACAAUGUUACUUGCAAACUGAAGACAAAUCUGGAAUUUUCUUUUUCAAGAAUACAUUUUUCGCACGGAAUCACUUUCGAGAUAAGUAUGAUUAUUUUAUCAUUGUACAAUGCAAUAAUAUUUGCCCACGAAUAAAUUAUACAUAAUUAAAUAGUGGCAAAUGAAUAUGUCAAAAAUUUUCUUUAACUUGUAUAUGUAUUCGACAGGUUAAUUUAUUUGAAACAUGAAAUGUUUGAUGACUUAAUAAAUUACAUAAAGAGUUGUACUAAAAAUAAAUGUCACUACGAGCAUUAUUAUCUUAUAUAGAAAUUUGGUAGUAUUUUCUUAAUACUAUCUGCGAAUUACUACAUCUUCAAGAAAAUAUCAUUACUUUAUAUUUUAUAUUGGUUUCAUAUUUUCAUUAAAUGAAAAUUUUUUUUUUAUAAUUCAACAUUUUAUUUUUAUACACAUUGGCGCAUUUUAUAUUUAUUAUAUCACAUUAUAUCAUCGAAAUCUAGUAAGUUACGGUUAUAAAACUAAUCAAACGGCAUAAAGAUAUUCAGGUUUAAUCUUACAAAAAAAAUAUAUAUAUACAUACACAUUAUUUUUUUUAUUAGGACUUUUACCAUAUUAGUAAUGCAUAUUUAUUGCUGUAUACAUUUCUCUAACAUCAUUGUUAUAAUUUACUGUUAUUUUUCUAAAGUCAUCGUGCGAUGUUCAUGUAUUAAACAAUAGAUUAAGAAAAAUUAAUAAAUGUGCAUGCAGCGCUAUUACUUGCA